AUGUACAGAACAUCUGACAGUCCCUCCAUCGAUUCAGUGCGAAGCCAAAUGCCUCCACCAUAUACACGCCAUGACAGUUCAGUCGGACUCGGCCUGUCACUUCAACAAGAGGAACCAACCGUCACCAUCACUCCAAGCCCAAUGAACAACAUAUCUAAUGACAUCCUUGAGAUCAUGCACGAGCAUGCGCUCAACAAGUUCAAUGACUCCAGAGAGCGAUUGGCUGCUGGGAGGGAACAUCUUUUGUCGAGGAUUGACACUUUUGUUCAAGCAGGUCAGCGUGUCGAAGCAUGUUUGCCAGCGUUUCCUUUCAAGUCAGCCAACAAAGUCUACAAAGUGCUUGGCUCUCUGCCAGACAAAGCUGAAGAGUUGGCUCUCGAGAGGCUGCACAGAAUGUGUACAAGAAUCAAGCAAAUCUACAAGCCUGGAGCGAGAGUGACAAUCAUCUCAGACGGCAUCACAUACAAUGACCUACUGUCGAUAUCAGAUCGCGAUACCUGGGCUUACGGAGAAGCUCUACGAGAGAUGGCUAUUGAGAAGAAAUUCACUUCUAUUGCUUUCUCCCGAUUACGAGACUUACUCGAAUUUCCACUGCCAGAAAAGAUGCGAGAAAUCACAUAUGUUGCCAACUGCACAAACUUCAGACGGUUACUCUUGAAUGAGUUUGGAAGGCCGGAUAUCGACAUUGACAAGGAGAUCACAGCCAAUCCAGAUACGAAACUGACAUACCUCGGCUACCGCAAAUUUCUGGAGUCAGAUCUGAAACACAUAUUCAACACUGGAGAGAAUCGUGGCCGCAAUCAAUACAAGAGAGACGUCAAGUAUCUCGCAAAGGAGAUGCUCAUGAGGGGCUAUGCGUUUGCUGGAGCAGUGAAGAAAGCGUUCCCAAACCACGUCAGACUGUCGAUACACGAAUCGAUUGGAGAGCACAAACUGUCAAUCAGCCUCUUAAACACAAGGACUGGUUACACUACUCCAUGGCAUUGCACCGUAGCUCAGCUGGCCGAUGGAGAGUGGGUUAGCGCUCCCAUGGGUGAGUUCCAGCAGGAUCCACGUCUCGAGCUAGUCUACGAGAACGGCCGGCCCAGCUACUUCAAAGAGCAGUCGCAAACGACAGACUUUCCCGAGAUUAACGAGACAACUGCAAGCUACCUCCAGGCUCCGAAAAUUUUCGACAGCACUAAGAGCGGGUAUUCUUCGCCAAGUGCGAUGUCGUUGCGUAGUGGCUUCUCGACUCCGCCUACAUCCCAUAGCCAUUCACCGCUCAUUUCCUGGGUUGAACCUAGCGAUAACGCCAAACCUACUCAGGCUCUUUCAUUCAACGAUGCUGAUGAAAUACCAUACGGGCGAAGACUUAUUCCUCAAAUCAUGGACCAACUAGCAGCAGUGGACCCUGGACGCGUUGUCUUCUCUAUUGCAAACGCUUCAAACGAAUCCCUAGAGUUCAAAGACAUAUCUGCCAAAGCCUUUGUGGAAGCUGUUGACAAGACAGCUUGGUGGCUCCAAGAACAGGUUGGGCAGUCAGCAUCGGUCCAGCCCAUUGGCUACAUUGGCCCGCAUGAUCUACGUCACAUUCUGAUCACUUACGCCUGCGUCAAGGUCGGCUAUGCUGCCCUUUACCUUUCUCCUCAGAACAGUACUGAAGGAGCAUUGGCCGUGCUAGAAGCAACUCAGUGCCAAAUCUGGGCUAAAGCAAGUGAAGUGGCAAUGGUGCCUCUUGUCGAAGAUGUUCUACAGAAACGUCGGAUGAAGUUGCUCGAGAUUCCACUACUUGAUCAACUCUUGGACGCAAAGGGUACCAAGCCAUUUCCAUACACAAAGAAUUUCGAUGAGGCUUCUACUGAGCCUUUCUGUUAUCUCCACACGUCGGGUUCCACAGGAGUUCCGAAGCCCAUUCCUUGGACUCACGCACUCAUUGGAACGAUGGAUGCAGUCCGUUUGCUCCCCCCGGUCGAUGGCAUGGUUCCUUGGACUGCUGACUGGAAGGAAGGCGACUCGAUAUACUCAUCUUUCCCCAUGUGUCAUGGCGCAGGAAUCAUCAUGGACAUUCUGAUGCCCGCCCUUUUUAGCCUUCACUGCGUGCUUGGGCCGUCUGGCGUCAUCCCAAAUAUCUCACUGAUUGAGAAGCUUGUUGAAUCCUCAAGAAUCAACAUAUGGAGCAUGGUCCCUUCGCUUGUCGACGAGCUCGGAGAGACACCAGAUGUUUUGGCCAAGUUCCAAUCAUCACCUUCCAAGUUUAUUUGCGCAUCUGGAGGUCCAGUCACUCUCUCAAGUGCUGGAAAGGUCAACAACGUCAUCAGAGUGCUUAAUCUAACUGGAACAACGGAGGGAUUAUUCAUUGGCAACCUUGUAGUAGACAGAGAAGACUGGUCUUGGUUUGCUUUCCACCCUUACUCUGGGUUCGAGUUCAAGGAAGUAGAGCCAGGAGUCUUUGAGCACUGGGUAUACCGCAAUGAGCAUGCAUCAUUGUUCCAAGGUAUCUUUCACACAUUCCCUGACAAGUCCUUUGUCAACUUCAAGGACUUGUACCGGCAGCAUCCUGAGAAGCCAAACCUUUGGGCUUUCAAUGGUCGUAACGACGAUCUGAUUAUUUUGUCCAAUGGAUACAAGAUUUUGCCCCUUGAAAUCGAGGCUCUCAUUGGCACGCAUCCUGCAAUCAAUGGAUGUCUGGUUGUGGGCAGCAACAAGGCUCAGGCCGGACUCCUCAUAGAGCUGAAAGACCCUCUUUCAAAGGACGAAGAGAUGACAGAGAGUAUCUGGUCUCAUAUUGUGACGUCUAUGUCAUCGUCGCGGCUUACCGUGAAAUUAUCGCGAGACUAUGUUGCUUUUGCUCAGCCCGACAAGCCGUUUGUCCGUACUGAUAAAGGUACGGUCAAGCGCAAAGCUACCUUGAUUCUCUACGAAGACUACAUUGAGAGGUUCUAUAGCUCUCGGGAACAGGAGACUAGCUUUGUGGUUGAUACCAGUUCUACAGCGGCCAUGCAGCGUUCUAUUCGGGAGAUUCUUGCGUCGUCUCAACCCGCCGUUCGCGAUGCUUCUGUCGAUGAUGACUUGUUUGCACUUGGCCUCGACUCGCUUGGAGUGUCAGCAGCUGUCAAUGCGAUCCGAGCAGCGACCAAGGGCUUGAGCAAACUCGCUCCCCGCCAUCUCUAUGCAAACCCAACUCUAGCAAGGUUCAACGCUGCGCUUGAUUCGAUGAUGGCGGAAGAACAAGGCACUACCGUUGCGAAGCGACAGGUGCAGAGUCAGCAAACAAGGAUGCAACAGUUGCUCGCACGGCGUAAAGCACACCAGUCUUUUAGACUAAACCCUUUCGACUACGUCAAUCCCAACCACUACAUGGGACUCAUGUUCUACUUCCCUCUUCGCGCGGAUACAACUUUCGAGGAGACCUUUUCUAAUCUGCAAGCGGGACUCGACAAGACUUUGGAACUUAUCCCUGCCCUUGGAGGGAAAAUGAUAGAAUGCUCAGAACAAGAAGUUGGCUUCACAAAAGGUGAUCUCUGCGUUUCAAUCCCACCUUUUGGCUCUCCAGCACGUCAACGUCUAGUAUUCAAGGAUCUGAGCGACGAGCUUCCAUCUUUUGAGACUCUGCGGGAUGGCGGAUUCGUACCGUCCGCCUUCAAGGAUGAGCAGGUGCUGAGGCAAGAUACCUUCCCACAGCUACCUGCAGACAUACUUGUUGCGCAAGCCAACUUUGUCAAAGGAGGAUGCAUUCUGGCUGUCGAUCUGAACCAUUGCUGCCUCGACGGGGUUGGAGCCGUCCUUGCUGUCAAAGCAUGGGCUGAGAACUGUAAGAGCCUGCAAGGGGAUGCCUCGGCCUCCUGCGAGUGGUUCGAUGCAGAGAGCUUCAAUCACAACCUUCCUGAAGUUCUUCAUGAACUGGAGGGAUAUGCACGACCGGUGGAGGAGAUCGACCCCAGUGUGUGGAACUUUUUACCAUUUGUUCCAUCGGAUGAAGCUCUCGCAAAGCAUUCUUCACAACAAACUGAGUCGGAAGUGUCGCUGCUCAAAUAUACCCUGCACUCAGUAUGGCCACUGCCUGCUGCAGAGCGGAAGAUGGACACGACUUUGUUUCUCAUUCCUCCCGAGAAGGUCCAAUUGUUGAAAGAAGAUGUCGCGAGAGAGUCGGGACUCAGCGGUUCUGUGCCCUCCAUCAGCGACAUUGUUCAAGCAUUCUUCUGGCGCUCAGCGCUGAGGGCCCGCUACUCUGUUGCAAAGAACAGCGGCCGGGAGUUCGAUGCCGACGAGUGUUCGAUCUUGGAGUUGCCCACUGACGGUCGACCAUACUUUUCAUCUCUGCUUCCGUCGACAUACAUGGGCAGUCUGCUUACGCUCAAUCGUACCAUCAUGCCCAUAGAGAAACUUUGCAACCAGGAAACGAGUAUUCUGCACAUUGCGCAGGUGUUGCGCAGUUCCGCAGCGCGUAUGACGCCUUCGUUAGUCCACGAUGCUUUCACCCUGCUACAAUCACUGCCAGAUCACUCCAGGUUUUCUACGGCUAACAUGGGUCUCGACCACAUGCACGCCAUGAUUUCCAACAUGAUGCUGUUCCAGAUGAGUGAGAUUAGUUUUGGUGGUCGCUACUUUGCCAAUGGCGGCUCCCCAGAGACAAUGAGGCCUCAACUUGAACGAGGCAGCGGACGAUUUAGGUUUCUGGUAGUAUAUCCACUGAAGGCUGAUGGUGGAGUGGAGUUGGCGUUGGGUACUUUCCCUGAGGAACGGGAGAUGCUUGCACGCGACGAGGAGUUCACAAAGUCGACUGUUGUUAGUUCGGAGCAACAGGAGGCUAAUUCGCCUUUUAACGAUGAGAGCCAGGAGGAGCGUCUGGAUUCUGAUGCGCAGGCUGGGGUGCAGGCUAUCGAGGCUACGACGAUGGCGUGGACGAAGACGAGUUUGGUUGUGGCGUAUAUUAUGCUCUGGCUAAUUUACUUUGUCGAGACGCUGCUGGGAGGCACGGCACUUGCUUUGUUGCCUUAUGUCACUUCAGCCUUUUUCGCUCACUCGCUCACGCCUACUGUCAGUAUCCUGAGCAGUGUUAUCGGCGGCGUUACGAACCUUACUAUUGCCAAAGUCAUCGACGUCUUUGGUCGGCCACCUGGUCUCCUGUUUUGCCUGGGCCUCGGAACUAUGGGGUUGAUUAUGAUGGCUGCUUGCAAUGGCGUCGAAGCUUAUGCUGCUGCUAUGAUUUUUCAUACUGUCGGCAAUAAUGGGAUUCAGUAUAUCAUGUCUGUCUUCAUUGCUGAUACGACGAAGUUGAAGAAUCGGGGACUGAUGCAGGCUCUCAUGAACACGACGGCGCUGAUCACGGGAUGGAUUGCUGGACCUGUUGCUGAGGGAUUUCUUGGGGGACCGGGAUGGCGUUGGGCUUUUGGAAUGUUCUGCAUUCUUGUACCGGCUGUUGUGCUGCCAUUGUAUGGACUGCUUCUCAGCAACUACCACAAGGCACAGCGUCUGGGCCUUAUUCCUGAGCGCAACAGUGGUCGCAGUACGCUGCAGUCCAUCAUGCACUACAGCCGCGAAUUCGACGCUGUCGGUCUCAUUCUGCUCUCUGCCGGUGUCGGCUUGUUCCUCCUACCUUUCAACCUGUACACCACCCAGGGUCGAGGCUGGUCAUCACCACUAGUUGUCAGCAUGCUCGUCGUCGGCAUCGUUCUCAUGAUCCUCUUCGUCAUCUGGGAGCGAUUCUUCGCCCCUGUCUGCUUCCUCCCCUACCGCCUCCUCCGCGACCGCACCGUCCUGGGCGCCUGUCUCCUCUGCACCUCCCUCUUCGCCAGCUACUUCGUCUGGAACAGCUACUUCGGCUCCUACCUCCAAGUCGUCCAAGGCCUCAGCGUCAAAAACGCAAGCUACGUCACCCAAUCCUUCACCGUCCUAAACGUUCUCGUCGCUCUCUCCGCCGGCUACGUAAUCCACCGCACCGGCCACUUCAAGCUCAUUUCCAUCGUCGUCGGGCUCCCCCUUAGUAUCCUCGGGCAGGGCCUAAUGAUUCACUUCUUAGCUCCAGGAAACAUUGGGUAUAUAGUCAUGUGCUUCCUCUUCAUCUCCAUCUCCCAAGGCCUCCUCAUCAUCACUGACGAAAUCGCAAUCCUCUCCGCUGGCUCCCACGACAACGUCGCUUCCAUGCUUGCCAUUGUCAGCAUCUUCGGCAAUAUCGGCGGCGCAAUCGGAUACACCAUUGCUGCAUCUGUCUGGACGGAUAUUCUGCCUUCGCGCCUCAUGCAGUAUCUACCGGAAGACGAUCUUCCCAAUCUCGUCAUGAUUUACAGUGAUAUUACGACGCAGCUUUCUUUUCCGAUGGGGUCGCCCACACGUAUGGCGAUUCAGCGUGCGUAUGAAGAUGCAUUUACAAGGUUGCUCUCGAUUGCGACGGGGCUUUGGGUUUUGGCUGCUGUAGGAAUUUUCCUUUGGAGGAAUAUUAAUGUUAAGGAGAUUAAGCAGAGUAAGGGUCAUGUGUGGUAG